UUUUGCAAUGUCAUCAUCUAAGAUGCCCUUCUAGAUCACUGACGUCUUCAGGUGUUCCUGGCAAAGCUGGCAGCAACCUAUUGUUAUACUUAAUUGUAGGAGGAACAGUCACUGGGACAGGAGCUUAUGUAUACAGAACGUUGAGGGAAAACAAAGAGCGAUUCACCAGCCGUGUCACAACAAUAACUACGCGAUCUCAAGAAAAGGAAUCAUCUCCUUCUGCUCCGGGAGCUCGCCCUGAGGUCCCAUCUCAUGUUCCUUUCCUGCUGAUCGGUGGAGGAACUGCUGCUUUUGCUGCUGCCAGGUCCAUUCGGGCUCGUGACCCUGGUGCCCGGGUGCUGAUUGUGUCUGAAGAUCCUGCCCUGCCCUAUAUGCGUCCACCUCUUUCCAAAGAGCUAUGGUUUUCAGAUGAUCCAAAUGUGACAGAGACUCUGCGAUUCAAACAGUGGAAUGGCAAGGAGAGGAGUAUAUAUUUCCAGCCGCCGUCAUUCUAUGUGCCUGUUCGUGAUCUGCCUUUUGUAGAAAAUGGUGGAGUAGCAGUUCUCUGUGGCAAGAAGGUUGUGCAUAUGGAUGUUAGAGGCAACAUAGUGAAACUCAGUGAUGGUACCCAGAUAUCCUAUGACAAAUGCCUAAUUGCCACCGGUGGUUCCCCAAGGAACCUACCCGCCAUUGAAAGAGCAGGAAAAGAGGUACAACAAAGGCUGACACUGUUCCGAAAGAUUGAGGACUUCAAAAGUCUGGAAAAGAUUUCAAGAGAAGUCAAGUCUGUCACAAUUAUUGGUGGUGGUUUUCUUGGCAGUGAGCUGGCUUGUGCUCUGGGAAGAAGAGCACGAACCAGAGGCCUGGAGGUGAUUCAGCUGUUUCCAGAGAAUGGCAAUAUGGGCAAAGUCUUGCCUGAAUAUCUGAGCAACUGGACCACAGAGAGAGUCAGAAGAGAGGGUGUUAACGUCAUGCCUAACGCUGUGGUAAAGUCCGUCUCUCUCUGUGGCAAUCGGCUGAUGAUUAAACUGAAAGAUGGCCGAAAGGUGGAGACAGAUCACAUUGUGGCUGCAGUAGGGCUGGAACCUAAUGUGGAAUUAGCAAAGUCAGCUGGGCUGGAGGUGGACUCUGACUUUGGAGGGUUCAGGGUGAAUGCAGAGCUGCAGGCACGCUCCAAUAUCUGGGUGGCAGGGGAUGCUGCCUGCUUCUAUGAUAUCAAACUAGGUAGGCGACGUGUGGAGCACCAUGAUCACGCAGUUGUGAGUGGAAGACUAGCUGGAGAAAACAUGACAGGAGCAGCGAAGCCCUACUGGCAUCAGUCCAUGUUCUGGUAA